ACCCAUAGGCUCUCGACCUUUUGUUUCCCAUCAGCACAUUUCCAACCCUUCCGACUCCAUCUUUGUCCCAUCCAAUAUCUGGGGGAUCUUAAACCAAGCCGUUGUCUAUAUAAGAGCCGUACCCCACCAUCACGACAUCUCCGACGCCUGCAACACCGCACUCGGAUAACAUUGCUUGUUGCACGCUUGCUGGGCUUACAACAACCCCAACGGCCCCCUUUCCAUUGACCCCAAGUCGACCAUAGAUAGGCACGGCAUCGUGCUCGGUUCCCCGCCAUCAACAGCCGUCAUCAUCUCAAGCUCAAUUAGCCAAGAUGUCGAGCCACAGUGAUAUGAGCUCCGUCAUCACCUUCGCCCGGCAGCCUGCCUCCUCUCGGAAGCAGAGCGUCGAGGUCAAGAUCAAUGACCACUACCACUCCAAGGUCUAUACAUCAGGCAACCCCAUCUCCGGAGAGGUGACAAUUACCCCUGGCCACGAUAGCCGGUUCGACUACAUCCAGAUCAUCCUGAUCGGCACUUCCAGGACUCGUCUAGACGCUGUACAGAUCCCUCAGCUCUCCUCCCACACCUUUCUCAAGCUGGAGAUGCCCAUCCCCGAAUCCGCUUACCCCGUUCCCCGCAUCUUCGAGGCUGGCAGGGCCUAUACCUUUCCCUUCAACUUCGUCAUCCCUCACCACCUGACCAUCAGUGCUUGCACCCACAAGGCCCAGUCGGAUUACAUCCAUGACUACCACAUGCGCCUGCCGCCGACGUUGGGCGGCUGGGAGAGGGACGACAUGGCCCCCGACAUGACCCAGGUUCAGUAUGCCAUCAAGGCUCGCGUUGUUCGACAAGACGAACUCGGCGGCAAGCCCACCAAGCUCAUGGAAGACACCCACUUCAUCAAAGUCCUCCCCCGUUCCCCUGAGGAUCCGCCUCUGAACAUCACCAAGCAAGACCGGGGAUACGCGCUCAGCAAGACCAAGACAAUUCGCAAAAACAUCUUCUCCUCGAAGCAGGGCUAUAUCACUGCCGCUACCGCUCAGCCCAGUGCCAUUUACCUAGCAGCCGACGGCCGCUCGGCUUCCGAGGGCUCCGUCCUGGUGAACCUCAACUUCGAGCCUGCAUCUGCCGAUAUCCUGCCUCCCAAGGUGACCACCGUCUCUGCCAAACUCCAGGCGCAAACAUGGUACGGGUCGACCCCCAUGACAAAGCUGCCCAACAUGGGCGACAGCCAGGAGGCAUACGCGCUGGCCCAGCAACUCGCCUACAAUACCUCAGUCUCUUUGUUUUCGACCUCGGUGGACAAGGUGGCUUGGCGACAGCAGCUGGCUUCCCCUGCUCGCCGCGACUCGGGCUACUCUAGCGAUGGACUGCGAGAAGGCAGCCACUCAGACUCGGAUAGCCAGAACCACAGCCAGAGCCGUCGUUCGAGCAAGGAACGGGCGUCGCCCAUCUUGCACCGGGCCGCUCUUCAGAUCCCUUUCAAGCUGCCGACGUCCCGGAAGACCUUUAUCCCAACCUUCCAUGCUUGUCUCGUCUCCCGUACCUACACUUUGCAGUUAACACUCGUGGUGGCCGACUCCAAAAUGAACCUGAGCAUCCCUUUGCAGAUCGCCCUCGAGCCUCCUGUCCAGCAGGAUCUCCUAGACAUGGGUCUUCCCAGCUUCGAUGCUGCCAUGGCGCAACAGGAAGAGGCGGAGGUGGAUGCCUACUUCCAGCCCCGACUGCUGCAACAGCCGGCACUCGAGUUCCAAGGCAACGCGGUAUUGCCCAGCUACGGCGACUUGACGACUCGGCGGUCAGCAGUCCCGACCGCUUGAUGCGACCGCGUCCCAGCAACCAUUUUCCUCGAUGACGAGUUACGACUGACGGAGAGUUUUUGAACACGAUACCACUUGACACUUUCCUUUUUUCUUCUUUUCUGAAGUUCAAGGUGCGACCGAGGUCGCGACUAGUUUACAUGACACAGAAAUUGUGUACAGGAGUUUUGGUCAACAAAAGGAAUAUUUCGUCUGGAAAAGCUGCAGUCUUUUGCUGCAAGGCUGUUUGUUAGCAGCGCGUCUGUAUUGAAGAUACCCAUAGGGCAGAGGCACAUCGCAGAAACACUAGUAAUAAUUUGAACAACACUGGGGGGGACCCUCG